AUGAUACACAUAUGCUUUCCAGGCAGCCGCAAAGCCCUCGCAUCUGCUAGUCGUACGACACCUCGCGCGCGCCCCCCGCUCCCCCGCUCCUUCGUCCCAGCACCACCCGGGCUGCUGCUGGCCCCGAUUGGCGGCUGUCCGCUGGCGGGAGGCGCCAUUGGUCAGUUUGGCAGCAAUCACGAGGCGCCAGAAUUCUCCGCGGCAUCCGCCGUCAUUGGCCCGUCCGGUGAUUAUGUAAACCUACGUAGGCCAAGCCGUCUGCCAAGCAAUGGCUCAGGGUUUGCCCUAAGCCGGCGUGCCACGUGA